GAAGAAAGAAGCUGAAAAAGUUAGGUGAAGAAUGUGUGAAUUACAGAUCCCCAUUUCUGAAGAAUAAUAGAAGAUUGUGUAAGGAUCUUAACAGGGAAGAAAAAAUAGUACUUGACUAUGCCUUUUCAAAAGAAGUUCUGAAUGAUUGUGUCUACCACGAUGACGGAGGUGUGUUUAUAACUCAUGAGGAGUUGCAAACCCUUGAAGAUCAAAGUGUAGACAACUCUAUUAUAGACGCAUGGGCAAGAAUUUUGAAUGACAGAGAAAAGUCAAACAAUACUACAAAGCGUGCAUUCAUAGCUUCAACCAUAGUCUAUGCACAGUUUAAUUAUACCUCUGGUGACUCAAUUGAAAACAUGGUUGAAAGAUUGGAAAAGGAAAUGAAUGAAGCAGGAGCAGAUGUUAAGCAUCUUG